AUGUUUCGACAAUCCCUCAGAAGAUGCGCCCGCAUCGGCGGCGCAAGCUUCGCGACUCCUUCCCUCCGAACGACGAGGCCCGUUACUCUCAAGUCCAUCGCACAGUCUUCACAAAGUACUCUUCGCGCUCCCGUCAGCAUCAAUGCAUUCAGACGCUACUCCAGCGAGGCUGCUGCCGCAGUAGCUGCUGAUCCAGCCGCCAAGACUCAAGAGCCCUCUGGUCCGACGACAAGGUUUGCGGAUCUUCGCAAGCUGGGCGUGCACAGCAGCUUGGUCAGCACCAUUACCGAUGGCAUGAAGUAUGAGACCAUGUCGGAAGUCCAGAGCAAAACGAUUGAACCGGCUCUCAAGGGCAUGGAUCUGGUCGCCCAGGCGAAGACAGGUACCGGAAAGACUCUGGCGUUUCUCAUCCCCCUUCUGCAGAGAAUGCUCGCGGCGGACCCAUCGCUUGCCACCCGCAGGGCACGUUUCUCCGCCGACUCCACUGACAUCCGAGGAAUCAUCAUCUCUCCCACCCGUGAGCUCGCUGAGCAGAUUGCCGUUGAGGCCGGGAAGCUGUGCGCCAACACGGGUCUGGUUGUCCAGUGCGCCGUCGGUGGAACAAGAAGGAACGAAAUGCUCAGGAAGACGCAGAGAGAAGGAUGCCAUCUUCUCGUCGGUACGCCUGGGCGUCUGAACGACCUCCUCUCGGACCCCCACAGUGGUAUCAGCGCCCCAAAUUUGGCCGCUAUCGUCCUUGAUGAAGCCGACCGCAUGCUCGACGUCGGCUUCGAGAGGGAGCUGCAGGAUAUUGUUAGUCAGCUUCCUGACCCUCACACUUCGCAGCGCCAGACCUUGCUCUUCUCUGCCACCAUCCCCAAGAACGUUAUUGCCCUGGCCCGGCAAUGGGUCCGCGCCGACAACUUUGACUUCAUCCAAACUGUCUCCGCCGACGAGGUCCUCACCCACGAGAAGGUGCCGCAACAUGUGGUCAAAUGCAGAGGCUGGGCCAACCUUAUUCCGACCUUCUAUGAGCUGAUGGAAAAGGAAGUCGAGAAGCGCCGCAACAACCCGGAAAUGAUGCCUUUCAAGGCGCUUGUGUUCCUCCCCACGUCCGCCUUUGUCGAUCUCGUGGCCGAUGUUGAUCAGAAAAUGAGGUUCAACCGUGACAGAAUCAUGGGCUGGAGAAUCCACGCCAAGCUCACCCAAGCGCAGCGCACAACCGCGUCCAACAAAUUCCGCGAUGCCCGGUCCGGCAUUCUGUUCUCCACUGAUGUCACCGCUAGAGGUCUCGAUUUCCCCAAUGUCACCCACGUCAUCCAGAUCGGCUGCCCGUCGGAUCGUCAGCAGUACAUCCACAGGCUCGGCCGUACAGGUCGCGCGGACAAGGAGGGCGAGGGAUGGCUCCUCAUGCCCGAGAGUGAGACUGGCCUUGCCCGCAGUGAGCUCGCGGGUCUUCCCAUCAAGGCCAUCACGGACAUUGAAGCCGCUGAGUUCGACUUCACUGGCCAAGAGCUACCGUCGGAGCUGACGACAAAGGUUACAGAGGCUACCUCCCAGCUUCGCGAGCAGACUCUUAACGCGGCCUACCUUUCGCUCUUCGGACAGCGCGUGGGUGAUGUCCAGAAGAAGGCCGACGAGCUGAAGGAGUGGUUCGUCCACGCCAUGAAGAUGGAUAACACGCCGGCGAUUAGCGCCUCUAUCGCCCAGACGAGAGGGUUGCGUAACAUUAGGGGCAUCAACAUCUCUGGGCGAGGGUCCUCCUUUGGCAGAGACGGAACGGGCCGCGGCCGCUUCGACGAUCGCGAAUCUCGGGGUGGUUUCUCCAACCGUGGUGGCUUUCGCAGAGACCCCUUUGAAAGGAUGGAGCGCGAGGGCUCCGAUCGCUAUUCCCGCGGCGGCUCCCGCAGGACUGGGCGUUCUGACCGCGAUUUCGAAAGGGCAUCUUUCUAG